AUGACCGAGAAAAAUCAACAAAAUGAAAUAGCAGAUUGGCACGUCAAAACAAUCGAAGAGGUAGCCGAGCAUUUCAAUACCUCACUCGACAACGGUCUCUCAGACAACGCAAUUGCAGAUAGACAUGCUAAAUACGGUUUUAAUGAAUUAUCAGCGGGUGGCAGACCUGCAUGGCUCACCGUUUUAAUUGGGCAAUUGUUGGACGUUAUGAAUUGGAUUUUCGUUGCUUUAGGCAUUGCAUCUUACUGUUUAGCAGACUAUGUUACUGGAUCAUUAUUAAUGUUUAUUGCUGUACUCAAUUUAUACCUUGGCUUUUCUCAAGAAUAUGCAGCUGAACAAACUUUAGCAGCAUUGCAAAAUCUUUCUUCACCCAUGGCCAGCGUGAUACGUAACGGCAUAGAGACCUCUGUUCAAAGUCGAGAAAUUGUCCCUGGCGAUAUCCUAGUUGUCAAAGAAGGUGAUUCAAUUGGUGCCGAUGCUCGUUUAUUUUACGCAUCGAACCUUGAGAUUGAUGAAGCUUUGUUGACUGGCGAAUCUGUACCCGUUCAUAAGGACUUGGUAUUGUUAGAGAAAGCUGACGAACCUUUAGGCGAUCGUAUCAAUAUGGUUUACUCAUCUACCAUUGUAUCCAAAGGCAGAGGGAAAGCUAUUGUCACGUCGACUGGUAUGCGCACAGAAAUCGGUAAAGUUGCAUCUAAACUCAAUGAUGCGACUGACUCGGACCGUACUCGCCUUCAGAAAUCCUUAGAUAAAAUGUACAUUAUCUUGCUUGUCGCUGCUGUUGUUUGCGUUAUCAUUGUCCUCGCGUCCGUCAAGUUUAAGCCGGAUUAUGAUACCGGUAUGUACGCUAUGACAGCUGCUUUAUCUGUUUUACCUGCCGGUUUGACUACUGUGAUGACCGUGACACUUGUUUUGGGCGGCAAAGAAAUGACUCAUCAGAAAGCAAUUGUUCGUAAACUAAAGUGCUUGGAAACAUUAGGCUCCGUCACCAAUAUUUUCUCCGAUAAGACUGGUACCUUAACAAUGGCAAAAAUGGUAGUCGUUCACUUUUGGACACCUGCAAAAGGCUUUUUCUAUGUCACUCCUAACGGUUUGGCUCCCCAUGGCGAUAUUUAUUGUACGAAGGAGCACUUGACCGAAAAUGUGAACGAUGGUUCAGAUGCCGAGUUUGUUGACAGGGCCAAUCUUGAUCCCGACGUUGCUAAUUUGGUUCGGUGCGCUGCUCUUUGUAAUAUGUCAAGCAUCACCAAACCUGCUUUUGGUACAGCGGAUGGAGAGACCGAUUCUGAUGAUUGGAUUGCUAGCGGUGCCCCUACUGAAGUCGCCUUGCAAGUUUUUGCUCACAAAUUCAAUAUGGGUAAACCUGAUCUGGAAGCUAAUGGUUGGGAUCUCUUAGCUGAAUAUCAAUUCGAUUCUAGUAUCAAGCGUAUGACAACAGUUUGUUUGGACAAAAACACAGGUAGCGUCUUUGCCUUCACUAAAGGCGCUGCUGAACGUGUCAUUCAAUUGUGCUCCAACUUUCCUGCUAACGAAGAUCAACUGCCUAUUUUGGAAAAGGUUGAUGUUUUAGCUGCUAAAGGUCUUCGUGUCAUGGCCACUUCUUAUCGUAGAUUGGAUAUGCCAGCCAAUAUCUCAGCAGAAGAAUUACAAAAAUAUACCCGCGAAGAGAUUGAACGCGACCUUACUUUCCUCGGUCUGACUGGUAUUUAUGAUCCUCCAAGGAAAGAAUCCAAACAAGCUGUUCGAGAAGCUCAUCAAGCCGGCAUCUCUGUUCAUAUGCUUACGGGUGAUCAUGAAAAGACUGCUACUGCUAUCGCUAAGGAAAUUAGUAUUCUACGCAAGAAUAUUACACCUGAAGAGCAAAAGCGUUUAGUUAUGACAGGUCCUGCUUUCGAUGCCCUCACAGACGAAGAAAUUGAUGCGCUCCAAGAUCUCCCUUUGGUCGUUGCUCGUUGUUCCCCCGAAACAAAAGUGAAGAUGAUCGAAGCUUCUGCUCGUCGUCGAAAUAUCUCUGCUAUGACUGGUGAUGGUGUCAACGAUUCUCCUUCUCUUCGUAUCGCUGAUGUUGGUAUCGCUAUGGGCAAGAAUGGUAGUGAUGUCGCAAAGCAAGCUUCUGAUAUUAUUUUAACAGAUGAUAAUUUUGCCACAAUAAUUCGUGCAAUUGCCGAAGGUCGACGUAUCUAUCAGAAUAUGCAACGUUUCCUUCUGUACUAUUGGAUUCUGUUGUUCGCCAUGGCUCUCGUUGUCUUGCUCUGUUUAGCUGUCCGUGAUCCUGGAAACCGUAGUGCUGCUCCUCUUUCUACUUUGCAAAUGCUUUUCAUUUAUAUUAUCCUUACUCCGCCUGCUGGUGCUCUCAGUGUUCAACCUCCCUCCAAGACCGUCAUGAAAGAACCUCCUCGUCCUCCUACCGAAAGUAUCUUCAACAGAGAAAUUAUUAUGGAUACUAUUGCUUAUACACUGGGUGUGGCGAUUAUUUGUUUAGUUGCUUUCUUUGUUCCCUUGUACACUGUUGGUCACGGUGUUGGUGGCAUUAAUUGUGAUUCUCAUUACGUCGCGGGUGCUUGUGACUCCUUCUUCAGAGGUCGUGCUUCUCUUCUUGUCGUCUUCAGUUUUGCUUCUUUGAUAGUUAUGAUCCAUUGCCGUAGCUACCGUGAAGUGGAAUGGAACUGGACCGGUAUCAAAAAGACUCUUCGCUCCAAGACCUUUAUGGGAACUCUUAUUUUUGAUAUUGUCGGUCUUGUGAUUUUCAUGUACAUUCCAGUGGUUGCCAUUGAAGGUUUCCGUAUGAAGGGUAUCACUUGGGAAUGGGGCCUUGACAUGGGUUUAAUUUUGUUCAUAAUCGCCUGGGGUGAAGUUUACAAAUUACUCAAGCGCUCCUUUUUGAAGCCAAUGGAUAACGCUUCUAUCGAAUUGGACAAUGGAGAAUGA